CGCAUUGGCGGGACCAUGUUUAAUAUGUCGAAAUGUGCCCUGGAUAUGUUUGUGAAAUGUGUAAGUCUUGAAUUAGCAAACAAGGAAAUUAAAAUUAAUUCAAUCAACCAAGGCACGGUGAGAGACCAAGGUGAUAUAAUUUCAAAGCAAUUACUUUCGAGAAUUCCGUUGGGACGGGUAGGAUAUCCGAUUGACAUGGCUAACUGUAUACUAUAUUUGGCUAGUGAUGAUUCAAUAUUUAUAAAUGGAUCAAGUUUAUUAUGUGACGGUGGACAAUUAUACAAUUAA